AAUUCAUAAGAAACCACAAAUCAAAACAAUAAUUGUAAUAAUUAUUUCUUCCUUUACACAAAAUAAAACAUUAGGCCACUUGUAAACCAUAACGUAGCAUCUAAACCUUGUGGACACGUCGCUCGAGAGAUAUACGUAACUCUGGUCGUAUCAGAAACUAAAAGUUGAUUUGACCAACCAAAUAUUGACACAUCAUCCUUUCUAGAGACUGUAAUAUAAAGAGUACAGGCUCGUCAAAACGAAAAAAUACCACGUCACCAAUACUCAACGAACUUACGUUAGAUACGUUCUAUGCCACGUCACACACCAGUUGAUAUUUCACUCACGUUUCUCAAAUUUUGUACUCUUGAAACUUCACAUAUUGUACACAUUUCUCUCUUAUUGGUUUCUUUUUAGACCUUUCAUAAAAUAGUAUCAAAUCAAAUCGAAACGGGUUACAUUUGGUUAUCCACCUCAAAAAGCAAUCCACGUGUGUACACAAGAACAUAAUUACGUUAUUAUAUUCAUAAUUUUAAUUUUAGCGUUGGUAGAUAAAACUCGAUGUUACCAAAAGUAUACACUAUCUAAUUCACAACCAAAAAAAAAAAUCGUUCACCCUUAUAUAAAGCUUCUGUUGAAUAAGCAGAGUGGAAAAAAGCAAAAUCAAACAAACAUACAAAAAAAAAAACAAUUUAUUUUUAGAACUCUUCUCUAGUCUUCUCCAAAUGGAAUGGACUAGAGGAAAAAUCCUAGGCCGAGGCUCGACAGCCACCGUCUACGCCGCCACGUGUCACAAUUCAGAUGAAAUCCUCGCCGUUAAAUCCUCCGAGCUUCACCACUCAGAGUUCUUGCAAAGAGAAGCCAAGAUUCUCUCGUCGUUGAAUUCUCCUUACGUGAUCGGAUACAGAGGAUCAGAAACCAAAAGAGAGUCAAACGGUGUCGUUACGUAUAAUAUUUUGAUGGAGUACGCACCGUACGGAACGUUGACUGACGCGGCGGCGAAAAACGGAGGCAGAGUCGACGAGACUCGGGUCGUGAAGUACACGCGCGAGAUAUUAAGAGGAUUGGAGUAUGUACACUCGGAAGGUAUCGUGCAUUGCGAUGUAAAGGGAAGUAACGUGGUUCUUGCGGAGAAAGGCGAGGCCAAGAUUGCAGAUUUCGGGUGUGCAAAACGGGUUGACCAAGAAUUCGAGUCACCGGUUAUGGGAACGCCGGCGUUUAUGGCUCCGGAGGUGGCGCGUGGGGAGAAACAGGGGAAGGAGAGUGAUAUAUGGGCGGUUGGGUGUACGGUGAUUGAGAUGGUUACGGGUUCUCCACCGUGGACAGAGGCGAAUUCGAGGGAGGAUCCGGUUUCGGUUCUUUAUCGAGUUGGGUAUUCGGGUGAGACUCCGGAGCUUCCUUGUUUGCUUGCGGAAGAAGCAAAGGACUUUUUGGAAAAGUGUUUGAAGAGGGAAGCAAAGGAAAGAUGGACAGCGACACAACUCCUAAACCAUCCGUUUUUGACUACUAAAUCGGACAUUGAACCGGCUUUGGUUUCCGGUUUGGUUUCAAGCUCACCCACAAGUGUGACAGAUCAAACGUUUUGGAGAUCAGUGGAAGAAGAGGAAGAAGAAGAAACAGAGGAAUUACAGAAGGAUUCGAGAGAUCUUGACCGUUUAAACUUGUGGGGUUGUUAUUCGGAAAGGAUCGGACGGCUGAGAUGUCUUGGUGGUUUGGAUGGGACCAGAUGGGAUAUGGAGGGUGGGGAUUGGAUUACGGUGAGAGUGAGAUGUGAAGGAACAAUGAUUAGUGGGUCACAUGAGGAAUUGAUUAUUAGUGAAAAUGUAUUGGUGGGGGAAUUGUAAAUUUGAUUUGGGGUCAUUUGGGUGAAUUGUAGAAAGCUUAGGGGUUGAAAUUAGGGAAGAUCUCCAAUUUAGGGAGAUCAAUGUAGCUUAUUAGUCUCCGAAUCUUCGAUUGAUCACAUGUAUAUUAUUAUAAUCACGAUUGUUUUAAAACCAAACCCGAUUUUUUAAGUUUGGACAAGAGUUGAAUUAUAUGGAGUUUCAAGGUUUGUUGGCCUGUUA